AUGACCGUGCAAUGCAACCGAGAAACCCGCGGCCCUCAGCCGCCACAUACGUCGAACACCCAAACAAUACUCCGUGUGUUCACAAACGGGAGCAUGUAUCCUGCACCACGGGUCCACUUGGGCGUCGGCCUGGGGACAGGCGCAGGGCGCGGGGUGUGCCGCACCAGGCAUCCCGAAGGCUUUUCCAUGGGUACAUAUGCCCUGGUACAUAUUGUUAUUAGCCGUCCCCGAUCCCGCGCGCGUGUGUCUGCGUCCCGCCGCGCCCUGGCCUUGCUGGCCCUGCCGCCGGACGCGUCAGUUUUGCGUCCCUCGUCACCCACCGGGUCCUGGCUGGACCGUCGGCGGGUGUGCGGCGUACGAGUCGUGCACAAGGGCCUCCGCCUCCUGCCAACCGCUUCCGAGUGUCGAUGUGGGGCGCACGCCCUCUCUGCGUCUGAUACGGCGCCCAAUCGCGGAGCCAAGCGCCCUUCCGCUCGCCGCCGCGAAAAGGCGCGCGCGGCGGUCGUCUGGCCACACACCCGCCACAGGGCAGCCGCGAGAUAUGCGCGGACGGGGGCCGCGUUGGCCCCCCCGACAAACGGGCUCCGCCGCAAGGUGCGUGGGUCUGGGGGUGUUUGGAAGACGACGUCGGUCGAUGUGUGGGUGUGGCGCAGGGAGGCCGACAUGUGGAUGGAGCCUGAUGGAGCAAACGUCAAUUGGGAAGAGAGGAAGACAUUAAAGAUGACCAAAUAA